CUCGCGCAUCAACAGAAAUGCUUGGGUGCACUUCGUAUACGACACGGAACUAUAAUAUGAUGAGGGCUCUUGUCAUGGAAUGGUCCCUUAAUUUAUGACGUUCCGUACCUCGUUGACGUCAGGAUGUGAACACCGAACCCUCAAAUCUACACUUGCCCUUUCUCCGCAUUCGAAGCUAUAUAGAACACCAUGUCACGCUUCAUCGCUCGCCUUUCUCUUUCUCUUCAUGUUCCGUUUCCUAGGUCUACCAUUCUUCAAAACGCCAUUUAUCAGUACCAAAACCUCAUCGCCGUCGUGACGGGCGGUGGCACAAGCAUUGGCCUCAUGAUUACCCAGGCUCUCAUUGCCAACGGCGCGAAGGUCUACACCACGUCUCGCCGCGGCGACGUCCUCAAGCAAUCCGACAAGCAGCACGACUCCGGCCCCAGCCAGACUAUUCCCGUGACCAGCGACGUCAGCGACAAAGAGGACGUUCUUGGUCUUGUCGAAGAAAUUUCGAAGAAAGAGCCCGACGGCAUCCAACUCCUCGUCAACAACGCCGGCAUAGCACGUGAUCAAAACACUUAA